GAGUCGAAACCGCUUGGAGAAGUGGAUGACGUUUAUAAAGAACCACUAACGCUGGCAAUUCCAGAAAGCGAGAGCACACAUUCGGUGGGUAGUUCUACAAGUAGUGGCAGGUCGACACCGUCUUCUUCCAUGUCCACAUCAGCAAUGGAUAGCGAAGCAGACUUUGCUAGACUCGCCGAAAAUUUAGCGUUAAAGUCGGAUGGAAAAGUAAGCUUCUUCACACACCCCAUUUUAUGGGAACGUCUGUGUGCUUACAUUUUGAUGCUCUCACCACCAGUGAGAUGCACUCACAUGUCGACACCGUCUUCUUCCAUGUCCACAUCAGCAAUGGAUAGCGAAGCAGACUUUGCUAGACUCGCCGAAAAUUUAGCGUUAAAGUCGGAUGGAAAAGGCGACUUCUCUUUUCAACGAUCAAAUGAAAUGACGCCAGUUCAAGACCGUAAAAAUUCUGCUUUCCGAAAUCUUUCAUCACAGUCUGGAAGCUCGAUCAGUGCACCAAUCAACAAGAUGCCUCCACUGAGAAUGGCCGGUAUCAAAGGCUUUGCUCAUCUAGCCGAUUCGGGUGAAAAAGUUUUGGGCCCACAAUUUAUGAAUGCAUUAAACGGAUAUGCAGAAAAAAGUCAAGAUAUGUUUAAUCAGUUAUUUUCACUACGUGUCGGCUCACCUUUGCUUCUGUGCUCACGCUAA